AUGCCGUCCAUCUUGUGGCUAAAGAACUAUCUACUCUCCAUGGAGAAGGUGCUGGGCAGCACGUUGACGAUCGUACUGGUAUCCCACGAUAGAUUCUUCCUGAAUGAGGUCGCUGAAGAAACGAUCCUAGUGCGCGGGCAAGACAAAAAGCUCGUGUAUGUUGAUGGUAACUACGACUCCUACGAAGAAGCCAUGGAUACGAAGAAGUUGUUCAACGAGAGACUGCAGCACAAGCUUGACCGAAAGACCGAGAAAAUGACCAAGAUGGUUGCGCGUAUCGCCCAGCAGGCGUCUAAGGGCAAGGACGACAAGAAAAAGCAAGUUGCGGCUGCGAAGAAGAAAAAGAUGGAGCGGAUUGGAAACGAGCGCAACGACAAGGCGCACCGCUUUAAACGGAGCCGCGACCGGCAAGGCUUCCAUUUUACAUUGCUUGACGGUGCAGAAGACACUGCACUUUACGAAACUUCGUACAACAGCAAGGCCUGGGAAGCGUUGACGACGCCACCCCCGCAGAUUCGAAACCUCACAAAGCUCGCACAAACCACUAUGCUUUCUCUGGAGAACGUAUCAUUUAGUUACAAAGCGGCGGCAGAGAUAUCCAACCAAAGAGAAAACUCCAGCUCACCUCCUCUCGCUAUCAAAAAUGUCACGUUAAAUGUGGCGUAUGGUGAAAAGGUGGUCUUUGUCAGUCGAAACGGAGCGGGUAAGACAACACUGAUGAAGAUUCUCAAUCGAGUUAUCAAACCGGAUGCUGGUAAGGUGCAGUAUUUCCAUGGAGCACGUGUGGGGACUCUAAUGCAGCAUCACGUGGAAGACUUGAAGCGACUGGAGUCUCGCAAUCUCACCGCAUUGGAGCUGCUAAUGAAGUCGAUCAGUAAGGAAGAAAAUUCGCCCGAGGUAUUGCUCGCAAACAAUGGAAAUUCCAAUGGAGGCACCACGUCACUUGAAACCAAGGUGCGUGUGCACUUAAACAAGUUUGGCAUCAGUGGUGAGACUGCUGUGUCCGUGCCGCUGGGAGGGUUGUCUGGUGGCCAACUUGUUCGCGUUGGUCUAGCCUGGGUAACAUUCCCGAAUCCACCCCAUGUGCUGCUACUGGAUGAGCCAACGAAUCAUCUCGACAUGACCACUAUUCAGAUGUUUGGUGAGGCCCUGCCCAAGUACCAAGGAGCGGUUGUGUUGAUUUCGCACGAUAUCCAUUUCCUCAACAUCCUAACGCGAGAACAAGGCGGCAAACGCCUCAACGAAAGUGAUAGCGAUGGCGACAAGGAUGAAUCGCACCCUUCACUUCCAGCACGCGUAUUCGAGGUCCGAAAGUCCAAGGGGAUCGUGUCUGUCCAUCAACUAGAGGGCGGUGUGGACGCUUACAGACGGAAGCAGGAACGGAUUAGCGCGUCGGUGGGGCGAGUGUAG